CACAGCGUAUCUGUCAGUAGUGCAGCGGUUGUGGUGUUCUGAACUGAUCUCAGAUCAGCGCUGAAGCCGAGCCUCGUUCGCAGCUCUUCAGACUCCAUUUUGUGUGAGGGGACUGUUCGGACAGGCACGACACAUUCAGAGGACAAACAUCAGGUAGAGGAGGAUGAGCGGUUGUCGUAUUUUCAUCGGUCGAUUAAACCCCUCUGCUCGGGAAAAGGACGUCGAGCGGUUCUUCAAGGGUUAUGGAAGAAUCAGGGACAUUGACCUGAAAAGAGGCUUCGGAUUUGUAGAAUUUGAUGAUCCGAGAGAUGCAGAAGAUGCUGUUUAUGAGCUUGAUGGGAAAGAGCUCUGCAAUGAGAGGGUGACCAUUGAACAUGCCCGUGUGCGUCUGCGUGGAGGCCGAGGCCGUGGUGGUGGUGGAGGUCGUUUUCCUGGUCGGUAUAGUCGUGGCUCCCAGGACAGCCGGAGGAAUCCUCCACCAAUGCGCACAGAGAAUCGCCUUAUUGUGGAGAAUUUGUCGUCGAGAGUCAGCUGGCAGGAUUUGAAGGAUUUCAUGAGACAAGCUGGAGAGGUUACAUUUGCAGAUGCCCAUCGGCCAAAGCUUAAUGAGGGUGUGGUUGAGUUUGCGUCUCAUAGUGAUCUAAAAAAUGCCCUUGAGAAGUUGUCUGGGAAGGAGAUCAAUGGAAGGAAAAUCAAACUUGUUGAGGCAUCCAGGAAAAAGUCCAGAACUCGGUCUCGUUCAAAUAGCUCAUCCCGUUCUCGUUCCAGAGGGCGCUCCACGUCACGUUCUCGUAGCCGCUCCCGUUCCCACAGCCCCAAAUCACAUAACCGCUCCAGAAGUCGGUCCCGUUCGGCCAGUGCUUCUCCUGUGCGGCCCAAAGAAGCCCCACGUGCUGAAUCGGCGUCACCACCGACCCCAGCACAGCGCCCCCCACCGUCCCGUUCCCCGUCUGCUGACAGUCGUCAUUAGCCGCCACUGCUCUGUAUGCUGAGGGAUGCGUCUGUAGUCAAGCACUGCAAGAGGCUGAAGUUAGCGAUAUUGUCCCAUCUUUGACCAGUUUUGGUCCCGAAAGUGGAGGAACAGCCUCUCUCCAGCCUCUGUUGCUAGAUUGAAGGUAUUUGACAGGAGAGUCACUUAAAUCAGGAAUAUACUACUAUUUUGGGUGUUUUGUUAAAGUUCAUAUCGGAAAUGGGUAUUUUGUGGUUAUUUUUAUCACUAUAUACAGAGUGAGGUUUGAUUGAUGUUGAGAGAGUCUUUAAUUGUUUAAAUAUAAUCAUGGACAAGCCAGUAAAUGUGAUUGUUUUCAGUAAGUUUGACUCUUUGUUUUGUGUUGAAAAUAUUAAUUAGGGUUUUAUGAAUAAAACAUAGUAUGAAUCGUGACUGACAACAAAUGAGCUUUUAUUGCUUCAUGAAAGGCUGAUGGUAACAUGAAUUUCAAGUGCAAAAACUGCCACACAUGCACAAACACAAAAUGAGGAGCGAGGAUUUCAUAUCCAACAAAUAAAGUAAAAUUAAGUUUCUAAUACUUUGUAGGUCUUUCAACAUUUUACAAAACCGCCUGUGCUGUUUGGGCCAGCUAACUGUUUCUUUUUGUUACUUCAUGAAUAUGUGUGUGAAUCGUUUGUAAUGUGGAUGCUUGAAUUAUAAUCAAAGCAUUAUCAGAGUUCCCUCCACGCUGCAUGAAAAAAUUAGAUCUUAUCAUAUACAAGCCUAUUCAUAUGUAUGCAUUUAAUUUCUCAUUCUGGAGACAUUUCUAUGUUGCAUUUGUUUGUAUGAGUAAAUUAUGCUUUUUUGCAAUGCAUACAUUUUCUUUUAUUUAACAAAACAGGAUGAGAUUUUAAUAUGGCAUAAUUCUGAUGUAUCAUGCUUUUUAGUAUUCCGGUAUUUUGAGUAUGUAAAAAUCAGACAAUGUCAGGUUUUGUCUGGAUAUGUUUUGAUGCAUGUGUUACCUUUCUGUACCAUGGUACAAAUAUUACACAUGAAAAUGUUUUUGAGCAAUUAUAAAGUUUGUGUAGCACUGUUCAAAAUGAAUAAAUUACUGAAAAGCUGUUA